CAUGCUCCCAUCAGGACUCCUGUUAGUCACAUGACAGAGCCGGGAAAACCUCCUGACUCCCCGCUCCUUCUCUCCUCCCCUCGCUCUGUCAGUCUACUGUUUUCUCGCUCUCUGUCUGUGUGUAUAUGUGUGUGUCUGUUAGCUAGCUGUUAGCUAUCGUCACAAUCAACCGCAGGAACGACACCAUGGCGGACACAGCCAGGGACCCUCCACCGGACCACACCGACUUCCAUGAGCUGGAGGACGGGGAGGACCUGUUCCCGGAACCGACUUCCACUCUGGAGUCAGGACCAGCCAGUCUACCUGCUGAAGACAUCAGCACCAACUCAAACGGACCCAAACGGGACUCGCUGUUUGAUGACGAUACAGAGGACCUGUUCGCAGAGGCCACAGAGGAGGUUUCGUUGGACAGUCCGGAGAGGGACGUCCUGCUGUCUGAUGGCCCGUCGCCCGCCAUCACCCCCAUCACCCCCCCCAUCUCCAUCCUCACCCCCCGCCUCGGCCUCGCCCAUGAUGACAUGUUCACACACUCCUCCUUCGACGAGAUUGAAGAGGAGAAGGGCGACGAUUCAUUCGACAUGCACAUAUCAGUCUCUGACCCAGAGAAAGUGGGAGAUGGGAUGAAUGCGUACAUGGCCUACAAAGUGUCGAUCAAGACGUCCAUAUCUCUGUUUAAGAGCCAGGAGUUCUCAGUGAAAAGGCGUUUCAGUGAUUUCCUGGGUCUGCACAGUAAACUGGCCUCCAAGUACCUGCACAUAGGCUACAUCGUCCCCCCUGCGCCGGAGAAAAGCAUUGUGGGGAUGACCAAGGUGAAGGUGGGGAAGGAGGACCAGUCGUCCAACGAGUUUGUGGAGAAGAGGAGAUCGGCACUGGAGAGGUAUCUGAUGAGAACAGUGAAGCAUCCCAUCCUGCUGAAGGAUCCCGACGUGCUGCAGUUUCUGGAGAGCUCAGAGUUGCCGCGGGCGGUCAGCACUCAGGCUCUGAGCAGCGCCGGUCUCCUGCGGAUGGUCAACAAGGCCGCAGAGGCCGUCAACAAGAUGACCAUCAAGAUGAACGAGUCAGACGCUUGGUUUGAGGAGAAGCAGCAGCAUUUUGAGAAUCUGGACGUUCAGCUGAGGAAACUUCAUGCCAGUGUGGAGUCUCUGGUCUGUCACAGGAAAGAGCUGUCGGUGAACACGGCGCAGUUCGCCAAGUCGGCGGCCAUGUUGGGGAACAGCGAGGACCACACAGCUCUGUCCCGGGCUCUGUCCCAGCUGGCCGAGGUGGAGGAGAAGAUCGACCAGCUGCACCAGGACCAGGCCAACGCAGACUUCUACCUCUUCUCUGAGUUACUGGGGGACUAUGUCCGCCUCAUCAUCGCCGUCAAGGGCGUGUUUGACCAUCGUAUCAAGACGUGGCAGAAGUGGCAGGACAGUCAGAUGCUCCUGCAGAAGAAACGAGAAGCCGAAGCCAAGCUGCAGUUCAACAACAAACCAGACAAACUGCAGCAGGCCAAAGACGAGAUCAAAGAGCUGGAGGGGAAGGUGGAGCAGGGAGAAAGAGACUUUGAACAAAUCUCCAAAACUAUACGCAAAGAAGUCAGCAGGUUUGAGAAAGAGAGAGUGACGGACUUUAAAGCGAUUAUAAUCAAAUACCUGGAGUCACUGGUUCAGACACAACAGCAGCUGAUUAAAUACUGGGAUGCUUUCUUACCCGAGGCUAAGGCCAUCUCAUAGAGUCCGCACCAACACAACAGACAGUCCUGACUGGCUCCGGUCAAACUACACUACCCAUAAUGCACCGGUCCUCCCAGUUCACCACCCUCCUCCUGUUUAUGUGAAGAAGAGAAGAGAAGACAGUGAAUCAGCUCCAAGGAUCUUUUCUGCGGUUUAAAAAAAAAAAAAACAGAACUCUCUUGAAUUUAUCAUUUUCUAUUCUUCUUUUAUUUUCCAAACUCAGUGUUGCGUUCACGUCCUUGACCUGAGAUAUUGUUUUUCUCCUACUUGAUUCUUUCACAAUAAUACUAUUAGAUAAUUUUAAAGUGUUGCCCUUCACGUACAAUCUCCUUCUAAGGCCAAAUUCCUAAUCAGCAAUUUGAGUUUCCAAUUUCAUGUAAUGCUGCAUUGAGUUUUAUUUUCUAGCCUGAAGCUUCAAAAUCCUGUACGACAUGAACGCAGCAUGAGUUCUGACCCUGGUGAUGGCUUUCUUCUCCUCACAGAUUCUAACAUGGUGUCAGUCUUUACAAAGUACAGCACUUUUUUUCCCACCAGACGCAAAGGGGAUGGGUGAAUGUGGAGCAAUCUCUCUGUUAAAUAGUAUUUGAGUUGAUUUUUAAGGAUUGUUCUUGAAGUUCCUCAACAAAGACCGAUAUCCACACCCCAAGGUAAAGAUAUGAUUCGUUUUCUCCAUUAGUUUGGUCGUUAGAUGUAUGGAAGCACAUUACUACGGUGGCCAACAGGUGCAAAAGAGCUACAAUGGCCCAAAACAUUUCCAUUAGAAGAAACAUGUGCACAUUCAAAAACGAUGCAAAUAUAGAAACACAACAUUUUUUCCAAAAGACAUGAAAAUGAAGAAACAUCUUCACCAAGUUGACGAAAUGUGCAGCAUUUAGAAAAUGAUCACCAACUGGUGUUUUUUAUAUUUGCAUCACUUCUGAAUAUAAGCUUGUUUCUCCUAUUCUAAAUGUUUUUGGCCGUUUGCACCUGUCGGCCCCCGUACAUUCCCGCCAUAAAUAUAUAAAACAAUUAUUGAAAUGGUCCGGGUGUCAUACUGAAAUGUGGUCAAAUAAAAACUGGGAAGUCAAGAGUUGUAGCACAUACAGAAAAACAUCGACAUGUUCUUGUUUAUUGAGUCUGCAAUUUCCCUCCCGGCAACAAAAUCCUGAAGCUCUAUGAUUGGAUGUGUCUGGCUGCAGUGUUAUCUGGGAAUUGUAGUUGACUUCUCCCCUAAAUGUCAAACCUUCUGAUUUUCUUUUCUAAAGAAACAAAUGUCCUCAGCUGUGCUUGAAACCAGGAAUGUGAACAUGUUACUGCAGAUCUCCCCAAAUCAAACCUUGGAGUCUAAAUUAUCUGCGGUUUUAUUUUGGAAUAAGCUGUGAAACUGAUCCGGAGUCAGUGAUGAAGGACGACUGACUCCAUCCUGUUGGUUAUUUUGUUGUCUUGUACUUCCCUUCACCGUCGCCUGGUCAAUCCCAACACUUCCUCCUCACUUAAAUGACAAAACAAGAGCCCUUUUCUUUCGUUGCUGUAUGAUCGUAAGUGAAGGCAACACUUUUUGUUUCUGUCUCAUGAACAUUUCCAAACCUAGAAAAGUUAUUAUUUUUUAUUUUACUACCUUAAAUCAACCUUGAUUUGGUCAAUUUCAAAUCAUAUCUUGACAUUUAGUUUCAAUUUGUUUAGACAUUUUCAUUGCAUAUAGCUAUUGUAACAUUUAGGUUUAGCAGGUCAAUGACUUGCUGGUGGAGAACCAGUAAAAAUGGAAGUAAAAUGGUAGUUUUUACAACUUUGUUUUGACGCCACAUUACUCGUUAAGUUAUCAUAACCUAAUCUGGUGAAGUGAGAUCCACUCAUAACAGUUUUUAAGGAAGGGCACUAUGUAAAUAUUGCAAAACAGUCUGAAUGUAGAAACAGAAGAUUAAAUAUUUAUCAGCAAAACUGGAUUUAUUUUCUCCCCCAUUGCCAAGGAAAAGCUUUAUCUGGCAACACAAUUAAGUGAAUCUCUGUCAAGUCAUAUGAGAUAGUGUUCAAUCGUCAAAUAAACAGUAAUAUUCUGCGUUUCUUCUGCAGAUGAAGGACUUCCUGUUGUGUGUGGAGGAAGUGAGGGAUUGUCAGGUGUGUGUGUCCGUGUGAGUGUGUGUGUCCGUCCAGAGAGCAGCUUCAUAUCUCUUCCUGUGUUCAGUGCGAGGGCUUUAGUUGGGUAACUGUUCUUGAUUUAGUUUCGAUUGAAUUUUCACCCAUUUCAUUAUUAAAAUAAAUCAGACAUUCUGCAUUAUCAGAAGCUACAAAUCAGACAUAUCGUUACAUAAAUGUUGAAAUAAAAACUGGAAAUAUUGUUUUUUUCUUUUAGCCCUCACUAUCCCUCUUGAAUCGUAUAACCCUGUAUUGAUUGCUACCUUUUUGUAUUUCAAUUCCCUUGUUUGCCGCCAGAAUGAUGUGCAAUGUUUGAGAAUUUUCAGUUGAUUUUAUUAUUUGGGUUUUUUUUCACAGAUUCAAUUCUUUAUUUGAGCAGAUUUAAAAAAAAUCUUUUUUCUUUGACAUUCCUGCUGCGCGGCAGAACAGACGUUUAAGAACUUUAAUUACAAUAAAGGAAUGUAUCUCAUCCA